CCACCCACAAGGGCCACAACCCUUUCCUACACCACACUCCCCCCCUUCAUUUCUUGCUGUUUAUAUUGUAUGUGUAUAUAUACUGUUGAUUACGAUCCCAAAUUCUCAUCAAUUUGUCUCUGUUUCCAACAAUUUUUCAAAACCCACUUCUAAAUCAGAAGCCAGUGAUGAAGCGUGCCAAUAUUGGCGAAGAUCUUCCGUCGACGGUGGAAGAUCGGAAAAUGAAAAAGAUUAAGAUCGACGAUGAAGAAGGAGAAGGGGGUAUUGGUAAAGGGAGUGGGUUCAUGAAUCUGGACAACAAUUUGUUGUUUGAGGUGUUUAAGCACGUUGAUGCGAAGACUCUGGCUAUGGCUGGCUGUGUGAGCAAGCAGUGGCAUGACACGGCCCAGGAUGAACGCCUCUGGGAGCUGAUCUGCACCAGGCACUGGGCCAACACCGGCUGCGGUAAUCAACAGCUGAGAUCUGUGGUUCUCGCCCUUGGGGGAUUUCGUCGCCUUCACUCGCUUUACAUCUGGCCUCUCUCCAAGCCCCAAUCGUCCUCAUCCUCUUCCCCGUCUUCGUCUGCAAUCGCAUCGCCGUCGUUGGCAACGACCCGGACGUCGUCUUGGGGUCCGUUCCCGCCGAUGAUAAACUCCAAACCGCCAACGCGUUGGGGAAAAGAUGAGGUCAAUCUCUCGCUCUCACUUCUCUCUAUUCGUUUCUAUGAGAAGAUGAAUUAUUCUAACAGAGGCAGAUGAUUUUUUUUAUUAUUUUAUUUUAAUAUUUCUAAUCUGUAAUAUUAUCCCUAAUCUCAUAUUUCAAACCUUUGAGCACUUUUUAAUGUCCUUUGAUUUGAUUUUGUUUAAUUUGUUAUGGGUUUUGGCAAAUAGAUCUGUAAUUUUUGCCUUUAUGCUGCUUGCGUUUAACUCUUCAAUUCCAAAUGUUGUGUACUGAAUCUAAUAUUUUUGCAGAGAAUUCACGUAA